AUGCCUACAAUUACACUAGUGGACGAUCUACUCAAGCUAGACACAUGUCUUGCUGAUAUCUCAUCGCUUGGGACUACGAAACUUGCUGUUGAUCUCGAGGGAGUAGAUUUAUGUCGCCACGGCAAGGUCUCUCUCCUUCAAAUAUUGUCCUAUCAUUCCAACAUCAUCUGGAUCAUUGACAUCACCGUCCUCGGCAAAGCUGCCUUCGACCACACUACCGCAUAUGGUAGCUCGCUGAGAGGCGUAUUGGAAAGUCAGGGGAUCGUAAAGGUCUUCUUCGAUGUCAGAAAUGAUGCCGAUUCAUUGUAUCAUCUUUUCGGGGUCAAUUUGACCAACACAUAUGAUCUUCAAGUGCUCGAAAUCGCGGCGCGGCGUUCUCAAUAUUUGCGGGUCAAGUUCGUCACUGGCCUGGGAAAGUGCAUCGAACAGUAUUUGAACCCAACCCCCCAAUGGAAGCGCGUUAAAGAAGAAGGGAUUGCGCUGUUCCAGCCUAAACAAGGUGGCUCAUUUGAAGUUUUUGAAACUAGGCCACUGGAUCCACGCGUUCAAGCAUACUCCGCCCAAGACGUCGAACUACUCUUCCAGCUCGAAGCCGCGUUGGAGAGUCAACUCGAAGGGAAAGCGGCUGCAUGGAAAAGCGCUGUUAUCAGGAUCUCGGCAGAAAGGGUGGCCGAGGCGCACAACAGCGUGUAUGCUGGCCACGGUCAACAUCGUGCUAUUGCGCCCAACUUCGCUGUUUAA